AUGUCGACAAAGCAAGUGAAGAGCUGCCCGAUUCCUACCAGGGUUCUCACCCUGAAAGACUGGUCUCAACUUCCUGACUGUUACAGCCAGACGCCCGGGGGGACUCUCUACUCCACUACUCCCGGUGGUACCCGCAUCAUCUAUGACAGGAAGUUUCUCUUGGAUUGCAGAAACUCUCCUAUUGCACGCACCCCACCAUGCUGUCUUCCCCAGAUACCUGGUGUGACGUGCCCUGCUACACACCCUGUAAGCAAACUACAGGAUGUUAAAGAGGAGGUUGAAGAGGAAGAAAAGGGCAUGACAGAUGACAACCAGUUUGAGAUGGACAUCUGA